GGACAGAGCGCAGCUAACAGUGGUGGAUGGAACAAAUACAAUGAGUGCUUCAGCAAAGUUUCGGAUUCUACUUGGAGACAAUGACUCUGUGAAAUUGACACUGCCCUCUGGAAUUCCCAAGACAAUUGAAGAGUUAAAAACUGAGAUUAAGAAGCAAUGUGGGGUUACAGGGGAUUUCAGGCUGCAGUAUCUAGACAGUGACUUUGAGGAUUAUGUAAAUCUUACGUCAACUGUGGACCUCCAAGACAAGGCAACAAUCAAAGUACUAACACAAAGAUCAUGUGAUGUCUGCUCUCUCUCUUCUGCUGACACUGAUAUACGCUCAUCAUCUUCAUCACCAACACCUUGCUCUUUAGUUGCAGCAUCACAGACCGAUUCGUCUGGCUCCGACCGAGUCAAUGUCUUCUUCAACAAUGCUGAGGAGUGAAACCUGGCCAACUAAUUUUCCAAUCCCUCAGUUUCCCUAUGAGAUAGAACUGGAACUGCAGAGAGCCCAUGAGGAUUUCUUGCAAAAUGGCACUUCACUAAAAAUAGAAUCCAAGCCUAAACUAAAGACAGAAAUUCUGAAAGCCUUGGCUGCAGAAAUACUGAAGUACAAAGUUUACCCUAGGAGUGAUGAGUAUGAAGAUGUUGCGAAAGCACUGAUUGCAAAGUAUCCAUGCCUAAAAGAAAAGGGAUCUGCUUGUGGAUUCUUCGGUUGGAAAGUCAGUCUACAGUGGAAGAUGGGGAACUACCGUCGUACCCUAAGGGCUGCUGGAUGUCCAGAAAUAAAGAUAAAUUCUUUAAAACGUAGACCAGAUGGUGAAUGCACACAUUCAGUCCAGUUCAAGAAGCCUAAGAAAGCAGAAGUAAAUUUCUAUCCUGACUAUCCAGCUGGAGAAGACAAAGAAAGUCUAGAGAAAGAGAGAUUGGCACUGCUGUCUGAAAUCCAGAAAAAGGACAACCAUCAAACAAUUAAACAGAAAAUGGACAAAACCUUUGCCUACAGACAACAUGAAGUAGUUCAAGACAUGCCCUUCAUUGCUGAAUUCAAAAGCAGCUGGCCAGCUCUGUUUAGUGAACAUCAGGCAAGUUUAAUAGAAUUACUGGUUUUACUCUGUUAA